CAGGCUCUGAGGGCACAACGACCAUGAAGGCUGUUCUGAUUGCCCUGCUGGCAGCAGUCCUGUGUGCUGAGCAAGCUUCCUCGCUGUUUUGCUACACAUGUGAAAACGAGCACUCCAACUGGAACUGUCUUAAAACCUAUAAGUGUGAAGACAAUGAGAAAUACUGUACAACCACAUACAGCUCUGCUGGCUUCGGCAAGGACAUGGGACACCGCAUCACCAAGAAGUGCUCUGUAGACUGUCCUGAGACAAACGUGAACUUCGGUGUGGCAGCUUAUUCCACCAAAUGCUGUAGUACCUCGCUGUGCAAUUUCAGUGGUGCCAACAGCAUCAAGAUCAGCUACGCCGUGAUGUUCCUGGGGAUUGUGGCUAGUUUGGUCUGUGUCAUCAAGGCAGGAUUGUGA